CUUUGUUGAAGUACUAUUUUAAUGGGAUUUUCAUUUCCUGGUCUAAACAAUAAUAAAGCGUUCAUAAUUAACUUGUUUAACAUCCAAUGAUGGUUGGACAAGUACGUUAUAGUACUGUUGUCUGUUACUACUUUCCUUGUGUAACUGUUAUCCAUCCUUCCAGCAUUAUGAGAAGUGAAGAAGGGCAGCAGAGUACCCUCUUUGAAAGGGACAUUCAAGUUUCACUUACAAAUACAACCAGAAAACAUUUAUAAAAAGGUAUGUUUGACCGUGAAUCCCAUAAAACAUACUUGCAAACAAAGGAAAGAAAGGAAAGGAAAGGAAAGGAAAAAGCUUCAAGAGGGGGACACAGAAGUUGCAGAAGCAGAAGAAAGAAGGGAAGCAGCAGAUGCGUAAACAAAAAAAAUAACAACAGCCAGCAGGAAUAGAAGAAAACCAAAAGUGGGUCACAACAACACAUGUCGGUCUUCAGGCAAAAUCCAUGUGCCCACAUGGCUGUCUGUGAGCUUUGAAAGAAACAAAUAAACAAAAAAAAACCCAAUUUUUUUAUUUUUCAUAUUUAUAUAUAUAGGAUUAUCAUUGAGUUCUAGUUUUUAGUAUAGAGUUUGGACAGAGACCAAGAAUCAGAAAUAGCUCAAACAAGAAUAGGAAGUGAAGAUUGUUCCUUUGUUUUUACUGUUUGUUGGUAUUUGAGGAGUAAGUUGUGAUUUUUAGUUGGGGUUGAGAGAUGAAGGAGAAAAGUGAGGGUGGUGGAGUGCGGUAUGUAAGAGCAGAUCAGAUAGAUCUGAAGAGCUUGGAUGAGCAACUUCAAAGGCAUCUUAGUAGAGCAUGGACGAUGGAGAAGAACAAGAACAGAAAAGAGGAAGGAGAGGAAGGCGUCGGCGGAGGAGGAGGUGGUGGAGAACAGCUAAGGCCAAGCAACACUGUGAGAAGACAAGAGUGGGAGAUUGAUCCUUCUAAGCUUAUCAUUAAAGGUGUCAUAGCUCGUGGCACUUUUGGUACUGUUCACCGUGGUAUUUAUGAUGUUCAAGAUGUUGCUGUUAAACUUCUUGACUGGGGACAAGAGGGCCACAGAUCAGAGGCUGAAAUAGCUUCACUUAGAGCAGAUUUUACGCAAGAAGUUGCUAUGUGGCAUAAGCUUGAUCAUCCUAAUGUAACAAAGUUUAUAGGGGCGACGAUGGGCUCAUCAGAGCUGAACAUACAGAUGGAAAAUGGUCAUAUUGGCAUGCCAAGUAAUGUUUGUUGUGUUGUGGUUGAAUAUUGUCCUGGAGGUGCACUGAAAUCUUACCUGAUAAAGAAUUGGAGAAGGAAGCUGGCCUUUAAAGUAGUUGUUCAAUUGGCACUAGAUCUUGCACGAGGGUUGACCUAUCUUCACUCCAAGAAGAUUGUCCAUAGAGAUGUCAAAACAGAAAACAUGCUUCUGGACAAGACACGUACUGUGAAAAUAGCUGAUUUUGGAGUUGCGCGCCUUGAGGCUUCAAAUCCUAAUGAUAUGACUGGAGAGACUGGAACACUUGGCUACAUGGCACCAGAGGUCCUUAACGGCAAUCCUUACAAUAGAAAGUGUGAUGUGUAUAGUUUUGGUAUCUGCUUGUGGGAGAUAUACUGCUGUGACAUGCCAUAUCCUGAUCUCAGCUUCUCAGAAGUGACAUCUGCCGUCGUCCGCCAGAAUCUGAGGCCAGAGAUACCGCGUUGCUGUCCAAGUUCGCUUGCAAAUGUAAUGAAGCGAUGUUGGGAUGCCAACCCUGAUAAACGGCCAGAGAUGGAUGAAGUGGUGUCCAUGUUAGAGGCCGUUGACACAUCCAAAGGCGGAGGCAUGAUCCCGCAUGAUCAGCCUCAGGGUUGUUUGUGUUUUUGGAGAUAUCGUGGACCUUGAUAGUGUUACCCCCCUUGAAUUAAAGAUGCUUUCAGGGUAGAGUCCAAUUGAUUUAUAUUUAAUUUUGGCAAUGUAAGAGCUGAAAAUACGAAAUUGUGGAGUUUACUGACUAAGAAAUGCUCCGCAAUAUCUGCCAUUUGAACAUAUCGUGUAAAGAUUUUUCCGUUCAAGAAUACCAUGUAUCUGAUCACUGGCCAGUUAUAUAACAGAUUGGCCCACACACUUUUACAGAAGCUUUGAUGUGGCAUAAGAUUCUCAAUGGUUAUCAUCUAUCUCAUACGAGAAAUGCUUUGCCCAAUAAAUCUUGCGACUGCUUAAAGCCGAUGGUAAU